UCCGUCCCCCACUCCCCUCGUCAGGCAGCAGCCGCCCUGCUUAGCGUAGGCUCCUCCGCAGAGGCACAGGCACAAGCCCACAGCGAGCGAGACAGAGGGAAAGACACAGAGCCAGCCAGGUAAAAGGCAAAAGCAUAGCACAUUAAAAGGGAGGCCGGAAGCAGCAGCAGAGCGGUGAGAGAUAGAGAGAGAAGCAUAUAUGGCGAUGCCCUUUGCCUCCCUGUCUCCGGCAGCCGACCACCGCACCUCCACCCUCCUCCCCUUCUGCCGCUCCUACCCUCUCUCCUCGGUGGGGGAGGACGCGCAGCAGCAGCACACGAUGAGCGGGAGGUGGGCGGCAGCGAGGCCGGCGACCUUCACGGCGGCGCAGUACGAGGAGCUGGAGCAGCAGGCGCUCAUAUACAAGUACCUCGUCGCCGGCGUGCCCAUCCCGCCGGACCUCCUCCUCCCCAUCCGCCGCGGCUUCGUCAACCAUCAAUAUACCCUUGGGUACGGUCACUACUUCGGCAAGAAGGUGGACCCGGAGCCCGGGCGGUGCCGGCGUACGGACGGCAAGAAGUGGCGGUGCUCCAAGGAGGCCGCCCCGGACUCCAAGUACUGCGAGCGCCACAUGCACCGGGGCCGCAACCGUUCAAGAAAGCCUGUGGAAGCGCAGCUCGUCGCCGCACCGCACUCCCUGCAGCCCCCCGCGCCCGCCAACCCCGCCGGCGGCUUCCAGAACCACUCGCUGUACCCUGCGAUAGCCGGCAACGGUGGCCGUGGCGGCGGUGCGGCUGGCACGUUCGGCUUGGGUUCUACUGCUCGGCUGUACAUGGACAGUGCUGCUCCUUACGCGACUGCUGCUGGCGGAGGGAGCAAAGAUCUCAGGCCUUCUGCUUUUGGAAUGCGAUAUAACCAGCUCUUUUCUGGAGCCAUGGAUACCCCGGUCGACAACUCGUGGUGCCAGCUGCCGUCUGAAACCUCUGCAUUUCAAGUCUCAAGCUACCCUCUGUUUGGCACGCUGAGUGGCCUGGACGAGAGCACCGUCUGCUCGCUGCCGAAGACGGAGAAAGAGCCGCUCUCUUUCUUCGGGAGCGACUUUGUAACUGUCAACUCCGCGAAGCAGGAGAACCAGACGCUGCGCCCCUUCUUCGACGAGUGGCCCAAGGCGAGGGACUCCUGGCCGGAGCUAGCCGACGACAACGGCCUCGCCUCCUUCUCGGCAACUCAGCUCUCGAUCUCCAUUCCGACGGCAACCUCUGACUUUUCCAACACCAGCUCCCGAUCGCCGAAGGGCGUACAAACCCGAUGAGUGAGUGCCAUGUGGAUCAUCCCAGUGUCGCAGAGCUGACGACUCUUUGGAUCUGACCUCGCCACAUCGUGAGGCCUCAACAAAUACUUCACUACUUGUAUUACGCUCCUCUGAUUCUCUGAACAAUAUGCUUCUGUAAUGAAUUUAUUUUAUUUCAUGCUAAACUGUUCACCCUAUCCGAAUUGUUGUAUGAAGCUCGUCAUGGCACCGUUGUUCGACCUUAAUAUUAAAAGCUCCGUUUCCUAUUA